AUGACAUCUUCCGAAUCUAACGGUGGAGAUCACGUCGUCGAACUCAUCGUUCACGACGCAUCACAACCACCGCCACCACCACCGCCGACUUCCUCCGACGACUCUCGCGAUAAUGUUGAUGCCCAAAUUGCCCCUCUUCUCUCCCACACUGAUAGACCAAAGAUCAACAUCUUUACCGCUUCUUAUCCUCGAAGAAAACCUAGAGAUGAAGUAACGAGAUUACUUGAGUCUGAGUCAUCAUCUCCUUUCACUCAGUGUAUUUUGUGGAUAUGGAAUGGAUCCAGAUAUUCUGGUUUACUCUGCAUGGCUUUGUCAUCCAUUGUUUAUUUUCUUAUGGGACUUCUUUCCAAUCUUCUUUCCGUUCAGGCUAUUCCUUUGUUUGAGACGGCUUUUACAAGAUGUACAAUUGUCUUGAUACUGUCAUAUUUGUGGUUGAGAAGGAGUGAACAGCCACUGUUUGGAACAUCCAAUGUUAGAAUCAUUUUACUUUUAAGGGCCCUUACUGGCUGUAUAUCAAUGUCAAGUUUUAUAUAUUGCUUUCAGAGGUUGCCUUUUUCUCAGGCUAUUGUGUUGAACUCAACAACUCCAAUUAUGGCUUCAGUAAUGGCACGAUUCUUUUUGCGUGAGAAAUUGAAAAUUGCAGAUAUUGCAAGUCUUGCUUGUAGUUUCUUCGGUGUGCUCUUCUUCUUUCGAGAAAUGCUUGCUACUCAAGAACAGGUAGUCAAAGUUGCCGAAGCAAGCAAUGCAAAUGCCAAGCCAACUCAUCAUAUAUUUGAAAUCCUAGUGGGCAUCUUUUCAUCAAUAAUUGGUGGAACUAGUUACUGCCUUAUAAAGGCUGGAGCUAAAGCAUCUGAUCAACCAUUGUUGACUGUCUUUUCGUUUGGCAUACUGGCUAGUCCUGCAAUGGGAUUAUGCACUUACCUCUUUGAGGAUUUUGUGCUACCAAGAGUAGAGUCAAUUUUGCUUAUGCUUGUACUUGGUGUUCUGGCCUUCUUUGCUGAGGUCUUGUUAGCGCGAGGACUACAACUUGAGAGGAUGGGUAAAGUUGCCAACAUCCAGUACAUGGAGGCAGGACUAAACCAAUUUUGGAGAGUUGCUUUGACAUUAGUAAGUCCAGCUUUGGAUCAUCUGAUUGGAAUUUUACUUAUUGUUGUCUCUGUAUUUUUUACCAUAUACAUAGGACCUGACAAGGAGACGGAAUGA